CUGGUUUCUAAUGUGCCACUCACAAUAUGGCUGACACGUACCGGUCCUGCUGGGGAACCACACACGUGACUCUCCAUGGGCGCUAGCUUGCUAGUGAGACACCAACUGAACUUGCAGCAACAGAAAAAAAGACAAGUGGGAUUUAGGAAAACACUUGGUGUUGUUUUCAGGAUGAAAUGCAGGCAGCUGCGAUGGAUCCCGCCGAUGAGCCCCCGUCAAUGCUGUGGGGAAUGGACCCGAUCUUCUCCGCUUUUGCUCGGCUGUUUGUCAGGGACAUCCUGCAGAUGACAGAGUCCGUACAGGUUCCAGGCAUUUAUUUCUACAAUUUACAUCCAAUCUACAAAGUGGAUGUUCUUGGAACAGUGGUUUACAAAAGAGAGAGAGACGACUUCUUCUGUUAUGGAGUGGAUGAUGGUACUGGAGUUAUAAACUGUCUGUGCUGGAAAAGUAAUCUAUUGAAAGAAGAAGAGGAUCCCAGUAAAUCUGGGACGAAACACAGUGAUGCAGCUGAAGGUGGGUUCGAUCUGGUGGCAGAGCUUAGAAAACUCCAACAGAAACAACGCAAACGCUGCCACCUGGAGAUCGGAGAGCUGAUCCGGGUUCGAGGGCCUGUGAAGACGUCGAGGCAACAGAGAGAAAUCACGGCUUCCACCUACUAUAAGGUGGACGACCCAGUGAUGGCGGUCCAGAUAGCCUGGAUGAUGGAGGUCCCUCAGCUCUACAGGCUGUUUUACGACAAGCACUUCCAGCUCGAUGCAGCAGGAGACUCAGCAGAAACUUCUCUUAGCAAAGCAACAAACAUCAUUAAGGACUUCCUGAAGCAGAGGUUGGUGGCUAAGUUCAGGCCGUACGACGUCCAGGAUCUGCUGCAGCCUCUGGUCUCCAGCCGGCUCCAAACUCAGUCUGCAGGGCAGGAGGCUGUUGCUGGUCCGUCUGGCUGCCAGCAGCUCAACCAGCUCCUGAAGGAGGUUCUGCAGGUCCUGCAGGACGAAGGCACCGUGUACCGCAAGGUCAAGUCCCAGGAUGAAGUGUAUCAUGUGACCAUUCAAGACAAAGAUCUGCUCAUAACGGUUAAAGAUAUUAUCAGGGAGGAUUCAAAGAGAGAAAAGUAUGCGGAGAAGGGUUGCCACAUCCUGCACAUCCUGUCGGCGGUCAGGCAGCGCUACAGCCUCAAUGUGAGCAAGGCGGCCCUGGAGCUCGUCCUGCAGACGCUGGAGUGUGACAGCGACAUCGUCAGCACCAGUGACAGCCACUACAUCGCCUUCUGAUGGGCGCGGCCUGGAACUCAAACUCAAAGUGUCAUCAGCACUCCUCAGUUCAUCACGACUGGUUUAGAUGGUUUAAAGAUAAAUAAAGGAUAAACAGAUGGCAGGAUCAGCUUGUUCUGACGGCCUGAGGCUGAAAAACUCUCCUGGGUUUCUGCUGAGCCCCAUUUCUUUGGAACUAUCAGCAGUAUGAGCAGCCUUUCUUUAGAAUGAUUAUUUAAUUCUCACGUCUCUUUUGGAAAAUAAAAAAAGCUGCCAAGAAACACCAAUCUAUCUCGGAGGCACCCAUCCUCUUCCUCCUCUUCCUCCUCUCGUCCAUCUGUUCCCUCCUUUUAAAGCUGUCACAGGGAAACGACA